AUGCGAUUGUCGCAAAUCUUCCUCGCGGCCUCGCUGGCCCUGACAGCAUCCUGCGCCGCUAUUCCACGAGACAACAACGCAGCAACUCUCAACAUCAGAGAAGAAGCCUCGACAGAAGCUGCAUCAGACGACCUCUCAGCAGACGCAGACGAAGCAACCGCAUACUCCCUGACUGGAGGCUGGAAGAAACGCGCAGAGGACUCAACCGACGCAGCAGAGAGCGACCUGUCCGCAGACGCCGACGAGGCAACGGCCUACUCUCUGACCGGUGGCUGGAUCACAGACUACAGCAGCAGCAAUCGCACACUCUCCGACGGUCUCUGGCACAAUCUACGACCAGCCUACGGAACAGUUGCGCUGGAUCUCGACUGGGCGGCAGAACAACGUCUUCCGGAGACGGAACUCCAUCCAGACGAUCCCGAGAAGGGCGUGUAUAUCCUCGAUGGGUAUCAUCAGAUUCAUUGCUUGAUAAUGGUCCGACAAGCGCUCUUCGAGUUUGCGGACGGCAAGCCUCAGACCUACCCUCUCGCACACCCGACGCAUUGCCUCGACGCCUUGCGACAAGCUGUGAUGUGUCGCGCCGAUGAUACACCUCUAUACACAUUUGGCGAUCUCACGAGCGGCGAUGGGCAAUGGAGGCAAUGUCGAGACUGGAAUGCACUCAGCCAAUGGGCAGCAGAUCACUUCGCGUACGGGAAACAUGAACCUGAGAUGCAUAUCGACUGA